UGUUUUUCGCUGCUCAUGUGCGUGAACGUUUGAAUUUGCACUGAAUCAGCAACACAGUCGGACUUCAGACAGCGCGUGAAACAAGGCUGAAUUACUCAUGACACUGGUCUGCUUAUAACAGCUAAAAUGGAAAUAUUAUAUAGAGGCCUGAAUGCGUUUCGAGAUCUGUGUUGUGCAACUCCAGUGAGCUUGCAAACAGUAACUUGAUUACAAGGGUCAUGUCCAUGUAAAAGCACCUUUUCUUCUUCCAUGACCGUCGUGACGUCGUUUCUUUUUCUCGAGCAGCUUUUAAUCACUAACAAUGUCACUUUUGGAGUCUGAAGAAAGUACCCCGAUUCUCAGAGGCGAUAAUGCAAGGGAUAAGGAUGCAGACAGCAGCCGGUGGAGGUCCAUCAGGGUCAUGUACUUUACCAUGUUCCUUAGCAGCGUUGGUUUUACGAUUGUCAUCACUUCCAUAUGGCCCUAUCUGAAGAACAUAGAUGACACUGCAGACACCAGUUUCCUGGGAUGGGUGGUUGCAGCAUAUAGUUUGGGUCAGAUGGUGGCUUCACCCCUCUUUGGAUUAUGGUCCAAUCACAGGCCUCGGCAGGAGCCUCUAGUCUGCUCUAUAUUCAUCAAUGUCUUGGCUAACAUUUACUACGCCUAUGUCUACCUCCCUCCCUCGCACAACAAAAUUCACAUGCUUUUGGCUCGCACUUUUGUGGGCUUUGGAGCAGGUAAUGUAGCAGUCGUGAGAUCCUAUGUGGCAGGUGCCACUUCCUUGAGGGAGAGAACCAGUGCAAUGGCUAACAUGAGCGCUUGCCAAGCUCUCGGCUUUAUACUUGGCCCAGCCCUACAAGCUGCUUUGUCAUUCAUCGGAGAGACUGGCAUCAGUGUGAAUGCUAUCAAGCUUCAGAUUAAUAUGUACACUGCUCCAGCACUGCUGGCUGUCUGCUUUGGGGUCAUUAACAUUCUGCUUGUUGUCCUAGUCCUGAGGGAACACUAUGUGGAUGACCAUGGGAGGGAAAUCCGUGCAAUUAACUACACCCCAGAAGAGCAAGUUCCUGUGGUUCCUGUGGUAGAAGGUGAUAUUGAUCAGAUCGCAGUGCUCACAUCUAACAUCCUUUUCUUCGUUAUUCUCUUUAUUUUUGCAGUCUUUGAAACUAUAUCUACCCCUCUAUCAAUGGACAUGUUUGCAUGGACAAGAAAAUAUGCCGUUUUGUAUAAUGGCAUCAUAUUGGCUGCCAUUGGCUUUGAGUCCGUCCUUGUCUUCCUGGUGGUCAAGGUAGUUUCAGCACGGGUAGGUGAUCGACCACUGCUUCUUGGUGGUUUGACUGUCAUAUUUGCUGGUUUCUUUAUGUUGUUACCAUGGGGAAGUCAAUAUCCUAAAAUACAAUGGGCAGAUCUUCGAAAUAACACUAUACCAGCAGUAAGAUUGGCACCCACCCCAGCCUCUAAUUCCUCAUUGGAGCCCACUGGAUGUCCUUCUGAACAGACCUGGUGCCUGUUUACCCCUGUGAUUUAUCUUGCACAGUACAUCACCUCUGACAUCCUAAUAGGAGUGGGUUAUCCGACAUGCAACGUCAUGUCCUACACUUUAUACUCAAAGAUACUGGGUCCCAAACCUCAGGGAGUUUACAUGGGCUGGCUGACAGCAUCUGGAAGUGGUGCACGGACACUUGGGCCUGUGUUUGUCUCUUAUGUCUACACCAUUCUAGGACCCCGAUGGGCCUUCAGUAUCAUCUGUGUCAUAGUACUUGCUGCAAUCAUUCUCCUCAGUGCUAUGUAUAAAAGACUAAUUGCCUUCUCUGUACGCCAUGGAAGGUUGGAGGAAUGGCAAAAUGACUGAGAGGUGCUUCUACUUACUACUAAAUGACCAUUCAGAGAAGUGGGCCUUUUGCCAGGAGGUUGAGUGACUUAAAACUUGAAUGUAAGGGCAAGAUGAAGAGCCACUAAUACGCUUAUGAAUACUCCUUUCAUUUACAGCAUAAUUGUGAUUCUAAAGGGGUUUACAGAGUUUUCCCAUGUAAAUAUCUUAACUUUAUAUACUCAUAUGUUACAAUUUCCAGUGUUACCUUCACUGUGAAUUCAAUUACUAGUGGAGUAGCAUGGUCUACUCUAGAUCUUCUGUUGCCACUUAAGAUGGUUUCCGGAUUUUUAUUUCCCUCACAUACAGGAGACAUAAAGAGCAGCACAAUCAGAAUGGGCUUAUGCAAAUGGUAGUAUUAUACAGGUUUUGCAGCACCAUUUGUUAAGAAACAUAUCAUGAUUGUAAGACCCAUGCAGUUGUUUAAUUGAAUGCUUUAUGGAGUAUGAAAUGUUUUGGUUUUAAUAAUUUUUAAUAAUUAGAUUUUUUUAUGGCAUUGUAAAAUGUUAACAGAUAUGACAGCUGAUUUCUUUAAAUGACUGUGCACUGAUGGGAGAGGCCUGAAACUAAUGUUAGCUGGAGAAGUUUUUAAUAACACUAGGCAUUGUAUAUUGCUCUACAUUUUGGAAGCAAAAAAGUACAAGUAAUCCCAGUAAUGAAGAAUGACAUCUUCACUGACUAGAAGCAACUUCAAGACUAUUUAUAAUUCAAGCCAACUGAAGAAGUAAGAAAUAGUCUGUUUUUGUUGUUGUUAAAUAAGCACAAUAUGAAUAUUUCUAGAAACUGGCAAUUUCUGACAAAAAUGUUUUGGUUUUUAAAAGCAGAAAAAUCUCAAUCCUUUAAAGUAUGACAUGAUUUUAAGGUAUUACUUUCUUUGAAAAAAAAAAAAAAGUUUAAAUGUCCAUUUAUUACAUUUAAUAGAAAUCUAUCUUUUUCAUGGAAGACAAAAUGUGACAUUUUAAAUUUUGUAUAGACCAUAGUAAUUCUAUUCAGAGGUUUUAUACAUAGAUUGCCACUGUUUAAGACAAGUAAGCUGGAAUAAAGCUUCUUUGGACCGUUA